AUGCUUAUCCACGCAUCUACAGUACUAGCACGUACACCAGCAUCUAUAUUAUCACACCUAUCAAGGAUAGCUGCAAACCAUUCCAACGAUAACGUCCUCUUCACCCUUUCUGCCAACGCGCCAGAGCUCUCAACGCUCGUUUCUCGGCUUACCAGUAUUUCGCCUUUUCACAUCGGAUGCCUCUCAGCUCCAUUACCUGGCCUUCAUUCUCAAGGCUUGAUUGCGUGCUCUGUCUCCGCUUUUGAUAGGAAGUCUUCUGCUUCGUUCAGGUCGACAAUUCCUGGCCAAGUGCCACCCCAAGUUGGUCGGUGGCAUGCUUUCAGGAAGAAGGAAAGUCUACCGUCGGCUUCAACUCUGGAUCUAGAAAACAUCAGAAAGGAAGACAUCAACUGGGAAAACGUAUGGGACAAGCAUUCCGGGGAUAAUAUUCUCCCCGAAGGCUUACAGUCCACAAGAAUCCACGAUGUUAACACACUGAUAUAUAUAUCUGAUACCGCACCAGAAGGCAUCUCAAAUUGUUUAGACAACUUUCCAAAUGCUACCAAACUUGGCCUCAUUGCUUCCUGGACACCUUUUGUCACUGGUAGGCCGGUAACAUUGUUUCACGACAAGAACAUAUACUCGUCAGGGGCUGUGGGUAUAGCUUUGACAAAUCGCGAAGGUGCCAGCACACCUACCGUUGGUGUCAAAUUUUCGGGGCUCACAAGCCUCACACCAGUUUUGAAAGUUACCCGGUCUGAAGGAAACCUCGUGAAUGAACUCGAUAAUAUGAAUCCUUCGGAACUCUUACUAAAUGCCAUCAGAAUGCAUGGCAUUGGCGACAGUCGUUCACUCAAAGAAGAUAAGUUUUACUUGGGGGCAAUGAAACACAAUAAACUCGAUCAGGUGCACCGUAUCCUUGCUGGUGGGCCUUCGCGCGGAACAAUCGCCUUGCAGUCUCAGGCAGCCCCGGUAGAGGGUACACCAGUCCAGCUGUUCCAUCAACCCAAGAAAGACUCCCCGCAGGAUCCUACGGUGUCCCAAUGCCAGCCGCCAGGGAAUCGCAGCUUUAGCUUCAUGGCGACCGAAACGUUGACAGACAUAACCCCCGAGCCGAGACACCCUCCAGCGAAAACGGAUUCAUUCUCAGCAGAAAUAGGAAUGGUACAAAUGAGCCUGUGUGGAGAUGUACUGCAACAGGAUCGUUGGCCAACUUAA